CCCACCCACGCUCUAGCGACGCGUCUAGAGACCCGGAAACCCACGUUAAACCGUGGGGGUCGUCUGCUGCCCCAUGUUUGCCUCCCAGCUCGUGCUGUUCCAGGUGCUGUUCCUGAUGGUGCCAGACGGCGUCCGGCUUCAGCCGUCUUCCCUCCCGACGGGGGCAGAGCCCACCCCUUCGGACCUGGAGCCGGGGUCGCGGGCCGGGACCCCCAAGUCCCUCUCGGAAGGGACUGAAACUCCCUGGACUAUGCCUGGGGCCUCCACUGUGAACCCUACUGUCGUGACCCCCUCGGUGCCCGGGAAUAGGACCGGUGACUUCUUCCCAGUCUUACCGAUUUGUGUCUGUGACUUGACUCCUGGUGCCUGUGAUAUAAAUUGCUGCUGCGACAGGGACUGCUAUCUUCUCCAUCCGAGGACAGUUUUCUCCUUCUGCCUGCCAGGCAGUGUGAGGUCUUCAAGUUGGGUGUGUGUGGACAACUCUCUUAUCUUUAGGAGUAAUUCCCCCUUUCCUACAAGAGUUUUCACGGAUUCUAAUGGAAUUAGGCAGUUCUGUGUCCAUGUGAACAACUCAAAAUUAAACUAUUUCCAGAAGCCCCAAACGGUCAAUGCAACCAACUUCCAGGCACUGGCUGCAGAGUUUGGAGGAGACUCAUUCACUUCAACAUUCCAAACCCAGUCACCACCACCUUUUUACAGGGCUGGGGACCCCAUCCUUACUUACUUCUCCAAAUGGUCUGUAACAAGCUUGCUGAAGCAGCCUUCUGGAGUUGGAGCUGGGGGAUUCUGUGCCGAGAACAAUCCUGCAGGUUUCUUGGAAAGUAAAAGUACAACCUGCGCUCGUUUCUUUGAGAAUUUGGCAAAUAGCUGUACCUCGGAUCCAGCGCUCAGUGCUGCCUCUUACUAUAACUUUACAGUCUUGAAGGUUCCAAGAGCUAUAACUGAUCUGCAGAAUAUGAAGUUCCAGGUUCCUGUAACACUUGUCUCCCAGGCUGAUUCUCCUCUGCUGGUGGGAAACACUUGUCAGAAUGUUGUCUCCCAGGUCAUCUAUGAGAUAGAAAUUAAUGGGACCUCUGGAAUCCAGAAAGUGUCUGUCAGUUUUGGGCAAACCAAUCUGACAGUGGAGCCACGCACUUCCUUACAGCAACAAUUCAUCAUUCGUUUCAGGACUUUUCAACACAGCACAGUUGCUUCUCUUACUCAUUCUAGAAGUGGGAAUCCUGGCUAUAUUGUUGGAAAGCCACUCUUGGCUCUAGCUGGAGACAGAAGUCACCCAAUGACCCUGCUUCAGAGCCAGGGUGAUGGAACAUGCUCUGUUAAGAGACGUGACGUACAAUUUGGAGUAAAUGCAGCAUCUGGAUGCAAGCUCAGACUGGAAAAGGGGGAUUGCAUCCACUUGCAGCAAGAGAUUUAUCAGACUCUUCACGGAAGGCCUAGACCAGAGCAGGUUGCCAUCUUUGGUAAUGCUGACCCAGCCCAGAAGAGAGAAUGGACCAGUAUCCUCACCAGGAACUGCAGUGUUUCAGCUAUACAUUGUACUUCCUGCUGUGUCAUACCAGUUUCCCUAGAGAUCCAGGUAUUGUGGGCAUAUGUAGGUCUCCAGUCCAAUCCACAAGCUCAUGUUUCAGGAACCCGAUUUGUAUACCAGUGCCAGUUUGUACAGGAUUCUGAAGUAACAUUGACAACUGUUGUGACCUUUGUGGAUAUUACCCAGAGACCAGAGCCUCCAAGGGGCCAACCCAGAAUAGACUGGAAGUUUCCAUUUGAUUUCUUUUUUCCCUUCAAAGUGGCAUUCAGCAGAGGAGUAGACUCUCAAAAAGGCUCAGUCUCUCUCAUCCUUACCCUAUAUCUUUUACUACUUGGAGUUCUCAACUUAGAGACUAAAUGAAAAGGAUAAGAAUCAGAUUCUAAUUUUCCCUAUGGGAAGUUCUGAAGCAGCCUGCUUAUCUUGGCUAAAUUGAUCCUCACCUGCUCAAAACCAGAGGAGAGCGUUUAGGAUAGUAGAGAAUCUAACUGAAGGAAUCUUUAUAUAUGAAAGAUGGCCUUUUAGAAAAGCAAUAAAAAGACCUUAGUGAUCAUAGCUCUGCUUAGGACUUUGCAGACCAACAGGUAUAUAUAUAUACAUCAGGUUCACUACUACUUAAGCAGGAACAAUGCAAAAAGCCCUCCCUCCAGCUCUUCAGGUUGUGUUUUGCCUGACUAAAGGUUUACAAGAUCUUCAUCUAUUUGCUCACACAUGGGCCAAGGAUCAAAAGGAAAAUGCACCUGCCUUCCAUCAAGUGAACCUGGAAAAACCUUUCUUCUGGACUUGAGAGGAGCUGAUUGCUCAAAACAGAAAACUGCUGUUACUUUGUCCAGCUCCUCCCUUGGGCUACACACUCUUUGCCCACUUGAAGGGGAAAAGCCAUUCUUGCUACUCAGUUUUCAAAAAAUGAAUGUGGAAUUGCAGUCCUCUUGUCUACUAGCCAAUGACUCUACCACUCGCUUGUGUUCUUUCCUUCCUUCCAUUGAGGAGAGGAGAAAUAAAACUGACUGAGAACUUUGUUGUGUCAAUUCCAGCAGCACACAAAAGUUAAUUAAUGCAUGUUCUGCCUCGUGAUUAUUUUUAUAUGUGUAUGAGGUUUAAAAAAAGGAAAAAACUUUCACACAUUGUACACAGCAUUCAAAUCAAGGGACUUGGAAUCUUUUCCUUGGAGUCACACUCAGUGAAGACGCAGUUACGUGGCACUGAUAGUAGUGAAUGUACUUUUGCAGCCUAAGGCAAUAGCAGCUUACAGAGGGCAAUGCAUGUGCAUAAUUGGGCCCUACCUGCAUGGCCACCUCAGAGUUUCUGGCUUGCAGAGCAAACUACUUUAAAAGGUAAUAUCCUAGUAUUCUUGGGUGAAAAAUUGGUUGGAAGUUGUUAAGAAAAUUGGGGAGCAGGAAGCAUAAAAAGUUUUAAGCCUAAAGCAAAAUUAUGUUAUCCUUGUAAUUAAGGCAAAAGUUUGAUAGAAAACAUGGCAUUGUAUCUGAUUGACUUAAGCUUUUAAAUUACUUUUAUUAAAAAAGAAUAGAACAAAGGAUAGGAUGUGAUUGAAUAAUUAACUCUAGUGAAAGUAAUACUGAGCACCUACUCUAAAGCAGAAUUGUGAGCCAUAGCCUCUCAGUGAAUUGACAGUUUAGUGAGAGAUUUACCUGACACAGGAGACAUUUGUUCAGCAGACUAGUGAGGGGCACGCUUUGAGAAGAGUUAUGAUAAAUGCUGCUUCAUGAGCAGAAGACACUAAUUAUACACACCAUCUCUGACAUGCUUAUCAUUGUCCUUUGUUCCAAAAUGCCUCUGAAAUAACCUACUUCCCUGGAGGAAAGUGGCAAAGUUCUUGUAGCUAUUACACUAAACUUGGAGGUAGUGCUUCUAUAUAAAGGAGAUUCUGCUCAAGGGGAGUCGAGCUGGGAAGCUGAUGUGUUUUCACCAAAGUCUAUUACAUAAAUGUUAAUUCAGUAACUCUACUUCCAAGAAUAUCUGUACUAAAACCAACCAUAAAACUACUAGAAUAUUUAGGUUCUCCAGGUCCUUUAAGGUAAAUAAACUUAAAUGACAACUCAUCCUGAGUUAUGGGUUGGGAGACAUCUAAUCCACUCCCAAGAGUCUACAAAUCCUUUUCAGAAUCCAGUCCCUCUUCUUUAAUCAAGUUUAUUCCCAUCCCCAAGUGCUAUAAAGCCAUUCUAUGCCUUUAUCAAAAGAUGAUACCUCAUAUAUAAUUCAUAUACUAUAAAAUUCACUCUUUUAAAGUAUAGCUUUUAGUAUAUUUAAAGUUACGUAACCAUCAGUACUAAUUCCAGAACAUUUUCAUCAUCUUAAAAAGAAACCCUAUACUGACUAGUGGUGACUUCCAAUUUCCCAUCUCCCCUAGUUCCUAGCAGUCACUAAUCUACUUUCUGCCUACAGAUUUGCCUAUUUUGAUCAUCUCAUGUAAAUGGAAUCAUACAGUACAAAGCUUUUGUAUCUGGAUUCUUUCAUAUGGCAUGUUUUCGAGGCUUACCCAUGUUGUAACUUAGAGGCGCUUCUUUCCUUUUUGUGACUGAAUUGUAUGCAUAUGCCACAUCUUGUCCAUUGGGUUGCUAUUUUUUUGUUUGUUUGUUUUUGUUUUGGAAAUUGCAAAUAAUGUUGCUAUGUCCACUCAUGUACAAGCCUUUUGUGUUUUGUGUUUUGAUGUGAGUGGAAUUGCUCCAUAAAUUUACCUUAGUGAGGAACUGCCAAAAUACUUUCCAUAGUGUCUGUAUCAUCUUACAAUCCCACCAGCAAUAUUUGAGGCUUCAAAUUCUCCAUCCUUAUCACUCUUUGUUAUUGUCUUUUUUAAUUUUGGUCAUCCUAGUGACUGUAAACUGCCAACUCAUGGUGACCUUUUUAAACUGAAAUAAAUGAGAUCUUACA